AUGAGUUAUCAAUUGUACAGAAACACCACAUUAGGCCAUACCUUACAGGAGACACUCGACGAGUUCAUUCAGUCCGGUCAAAUCAGUCCCCAACUGGCCCUCAAAGUGCUUCUUCAGUUCGACCGCUCUAUCAACCUAUCGCUGGCCAAUCGCGUCAAGACCAGGCUCUCCUUCAAGGCCGCACAUCUCAAGACAUAUAGAUUUUGCGAUAAUGUCUGGACUUUUGUGCUCAAAGACGUCGAGUUCCGUGAAGUGCAAGAGUUGGUCAAAGCCGACAAAGUGAAGAUCGUCGCCUGCGAUGGCAAGAGUUCGCAGGCCAAGGAUGACAGGGAAUGA